AUGCCACCACACUGUCGGGAAACUGUGGAUCCCGGCAUUCGAUUGUCUGCAUGGACAGUUAACAAGUGUUUGCAGUGGGAAACGUGGGAAACGUGGGAAUCUGGUUUCGCCCAAAAAAAUAGAUACCCAACGGAUACUCGUUUAUGA